AGCUGAGCUCGAGCGUUGCCGCACUGAGCACGCGCCCGUCAGCGGCGUGCACGCGCCCGUCAGCGGCUCUUCACCAGAGCUGCUCCAGGGCUGCUCCGUCGAUCCCGUUGAAAAAUGGAACCCGUUCAUUGGAAAUACCUUUUUGGUUUUAUCUCCACCGCAGGAACGUGACGCAUGAAGUCGUUUUUUUAUUCAUAUUCUAUAUAUUUUUUGCCUCUUUGAAUCGACGAUUCUAGUGGAGGCACACAUUUUCCACCUGGACCGGUGUGGGGAGGGGGCGUCCUGGGGGUUCGGAGGGGAUUCCUCAUCCUUUUUUUCUUCAUUCCCUGGGGUUGGACCAUAAUAUGUCCAGGCGAAAACAGACCAACCCCUUCAAAGUUGACUGGCCAUUCCACACUUCCGGCAUCACGGGAUUUCAGCACACUAUCAACAUGGACGGCAGGGACGAGUUCACCGAAGACAAUGAGUGCUGCGGCAGCAACUCGCAGGAAGUGAUCGGACACGAGAGCGCCACAGACAGCGAAAGCGACCCAGACUCCUCGUCCAACGCCUCGACCGACGACCACAUGACUGGCAAGAGGGCGCCGUGCCGCCUGCAAGGAGCAGGAGUCAAAGAGGAGAAUGAGGAAGGCUCCGACCACAACGGCAACUUUGUAUGUCCUCUGUGCACGCUGGACUUUAGCAGCCCAGAGAAGCUCAUCUCCCAUGUCUACCAGCAGCACACAAGCCUGAUGAGCAGCAGCAAGAGCUACGUGUGUCCCGUCUGUGGGAGAGCACUGAGUUCACCUGGCUCGCUCGGACGGCAUCUUCUCAUUCACUCGGAAGACCGUCUCUCCAACUGCGCCGUGUGUGGCGCGCACUUCACAGACACCGACAACUUCAACAGGGAGAAGCUCAAGGAUGUUCUGGACAUGACCAGGCUGGAUGCCUCCGGCGGAAGUGAUACUUGUCCCCUUACCCACUCGCUUUCCAGUACUCCCAUGUCCAGUCCGGGACCUGGCUCUCAUUCCUGUCAUGGACCUGGACCCAGCCCCAGUUCCUGUCAAGGUCCCCAGUCAUGUCAAGUCCAUGAACCCAGCAGCAGCCUCUGUCAAGGCCAUCGAACGUGUCACAUGUCCGGCCCAUGUCAAGGCCCCUCAAGCCAAGGGCCCUCGUUUCCCUCCUUGCCCGACAGUCUGCUGUCCGAAGGACCGUCGCUGGCGUCCAUCCCAGAUGCCCUCACCUCCUCCUCCUCAGGUCUUCCUCCCAUUCCGGACAUCCUGAGUCCGAUGCCUGUGUAUCCGGCCGGCGUGCUCCUGGUGUGCAACAGUUGCGUGGCCUACCAGCAGCUAGUGGAGUCCCAGUCCCCCAUGCGCAAAUGGGCCCUGCGCCGCAAGAACGAGCCUCUGGAGUCCCGCCUGCACCGGCUGGAGCGUGAGCGCACGGCCAAAAAGAACAAGCGCGCUUGCGAGACAGACGAGGAACGCGAGCUGCGGCGUCUGCGCGACCGCGAGGCCAAGCGCAUGCAGAGGAUGCAGGAGUCGGAGGAUCAGCGGGCACGGCGCCUGCAGCGGGACCGUGACGCCAUGCGCCUUAAGAGGGCCAACGAGACGCCCGAGAAGCGGCAGGCCCGGCUCAUCCGCGAGCGCGAGGCCAAGAGGAUCAAGCGGCGGCUGGAGAAGAUCGACCCCACGCUCAGGACGCAGAUCGAGCACGACCCAGCCGCCAUGGCCGCGCUCACGGCCGACAUGAACCUCUUUCAGUUCCCCUGCCCCGUGCCCGUCCCUUCCAUGGGCAAUGGACUCUUCAUGAAGCUGCCCUAAGAGGACCGCGGCUCUGACAAACAUUCUAAAUAAGGGGUGUCCAAACCUUUUAUCCAAGUGCCGCAUACAGAAAAGUGGCCACGUUGACAUUCUUCACCGUCAAAGUCCCUUUAAAGUGAAACGUGAAUGUCUGAAUUUAAGAGGACUGCUGUUAGCAAUUCUUCCAAAGUUUAAUGAUUCAAUAAAAUCUCCAAGUUUUUAAAAUUGGCAUUUAAAAUUGUUAUAAAUCAAGCCAAUGUACACAUUCCUAUAAAUAAGUGUUUCUAAAAAAAAAAGGAACAAAGAAUUUAACUAAAAUUUAUAUUCAUAAAACUAGCUAAAAUCACAACAAAUAUGUCGUUUGUAUCCUUCUGUUAAUUUCAUACAUGGCCUUCCAACUAAACUUAAAAAAGAAAAUCUAACAAAAUAAAAACCACUAAUAAUGAAAAAUCCAAAACAAUUAGCGAUACAAACGAUUUACUUCAAUUUACCACUCAUGCAGAAUAUAAUAAGACAGGGCCCACUCAACUAAAAUGGCACAAACCAGUCUAAAGUUAUAACUCGACAGUUCAGUACAACACAGUUCUCAGUCUUUGCAUGUUAAAUAUAUUUGGAAACAAGUGUCUGAAUUCAGUCUACAGGAUAUUUCGAAAGUCAGUAGUAUAAUGUUGGCAACCAACGGAUGGACGGUGGGCCCCAGGUGGCCCUAGGCUGCGGUUUGGACACCCCUGCUCUAUUUUAUUUCAAUUGAUGCGAAUUUUCCAUGUGGUAUGGACGACUACCUUCAAGCAUGUUGUAAAGAGAUUGAACCUGUUUGUUGUACUUCUCAAAAAUAGACAGAUUGUUUUGCACAUGGACCCCUCAGCGGUGGGAGCGGGGAUCGGGGGACCCCUCUGCCCUCCUCACUGGUCCACUUUCCAGUCCAGUUCCGCUUCCUGGAGACAUUCUACCUCACCCCUUCCCCCCUUGACUGAAUGACGAUUCUUUUUCUACUGCCUCCACUUAACGGGACCAAAACGCAUCCUUGAGCAACCUUGCUUCUCUUCAUGACACUCCACCAGGGCAGCAAAGGGGUGGAAAUUUUUCAAUAAAUUUUUCUGGGAAUUUAAAAAUUGGGAAUUUUGGAGAUGUACCAAAUUGGAAACUUUCCAUGGGAAUUAACGGGAUUUUAUCAGAAUAAACUGGGAAUGGAGGGCAUACAUGCAGCGAUGCCUUGAGGUAGUUG